AUGCAUUGAAAACUGGAUUUCACAAACCUUGAGGUUCUUGAAGCUGAAGUCCACUGGGGGACCAGCAGACACCUCGAUGGUGAAGAACGGGCAGUUGGCAGGCAUGGUGGCGGGGCGAAGGCCGCAGCACGUAGACCUGUGGAGUUGGCCGCAGCGCUCAGCGCAGAGGCACCCCGCCGCCGUGCUGGGCGCGCUGCUGCUGGCGCUGCCCUUCCUGUCUGAUGUGCUUGGCAUUGAAAGCACCGGUGUGGCGUGUGCGCAGGUGCAGAGGCGCGCUGCUUCUGUCGCUGCCCUUCCUGUCUGUUGUGCUUGGCCUUUAGAGCCGUGUUGCGGCGUGAGCGCAGGUGCAAAGGCGCGCUGCUGCAGGUGCUACACUUCCUGUCUGUUGUGCUUGGUCUUGAGAGCCCCGGUGUGGCGUGUGCGCAGGCGCAGAGGCGUGCUGCUGCUGGCACUGCCCUUCCUGUCUGUUGUGCUUGGCCUUGAGCUCCCGUGUGUCGCGCAGAGGCGCUCUGCUGCUGGCGCUGCCCUUCCUGUCUGUGUGCUUGGCCUUGAGAGCCCCGUGUUGCGCGUGUGCAGGCGCAGAGGCACCCCGCCGCUGUGCUGGGCGCGCUGCUUCUGUCGCUGCCCUUCCUGUCUGUUGUGCUUGGCCUUUAGAGUCGUGUUGCGGCGUGAGCGCAGGUGCAAAGGCGCGCUGCUGCAGGCGCUACACUUCCUGUCUGUUGUGCUUAGCCUUGAGAGCCACGUGUGGCGUAUGCGCAGGCGCAGAUGUCUGCUGCUGGCGCUGCCCUUCCUGUCUGUUGUGCUUGGCCUUGAGAGCCCCGUGUGGCGUGUGCGCCAGGCGCAGAGGCACGCUGCUUGCUGGCGCUGCCCCUGCCUGUCUGUUGCAGCAGAGCACCCCGCCGCCGUGCUGGCGCCUGCUGCUGCGCGCUGCCUUCCUGCCCGCCGCCAACCGCUGGUUGACGUGGGCUUCGUGGUGGCGGAGCGCCGUGCUGUACAUUCCCCAGCUGGGCUCGGUGCUUGCGGCGGCGACGAGCGCACUGCUGUGGGGGCGCUGUUUCCGCCACCGGCCGCUGCUGCUGCGGCGGGCUGCUGCUGCUCUGCUGCUCUUUGCAAAAGUCGGACGCUGGCGCGGCAACCGGACUGGGCGUCGGCGGGAGGCGCUCGUCAGGGGCGGGGCUGCGGGGCGCUGCCGCAUAACGCCAAGAUGCACUACAACUUCGCCAACUUCCAGCGCGACGAGGGCAACAUCGAGCUCGCCACCGCGCAUUACAAGGAGGCCCUCAGGCUGUGGCCUACGUACGCAAGUGCGCACAACAACUUGGGGACUUUGAUGACGGCCACGGAGGACGCCGAGGGCCACUUUCUCGCCGCCAUCCGCUACUCGCCCAACCACGUCAACGCGCACUACAACCUCGGCCAGGUCUACAGGAAGGAGAACCGCACCCUGGACGCCGUGCGCAUGCUGGAGCGCUGCGUGCGCCUGGACGCCGGCUACACGCCCGCCUACCUGCUGCUCACCAAGCUCUACUCGGCGCUGGGGCUGCGGCGCGAGGUGGGCCGGCUGCUGCGCCUUGUGGCACGCCUGCAGCCGCGCUCCCCCGACCACCGCGCAGAGCUCGCCGAUUGGCUGCAGGCGCAGGGUGAGGAUUUUUUUUGUGGAUUGUUAUUUUUCAUUCUAUGUGUUCAUUCUAUCACUGAGAGUACUGUCAAGUUUAUUUUCCUCAUAUGUACUGAUUAUGUAAAUUUAUUGUUCUUAUUUUCAUUUAUUCUUCAUUUGAUUUUA